UCUUUUUUAACAUAAUACACUAGUAGGCAUGAGCAAGUCAGCAGGUAGAAAAAGAACAAAAUCCAAUGAAGUAAAUGGAGCAACUAAAAGACAAGAGUCUAAAGAAGAGAAGAUGUUAGACUUACUGCAUGAGGAACGGAAAGAGAGGGAAAAGAUUGUAUUAUGGCGACAGCCUGUGACAACAUUACACUAUUUUGUUAGAGAGUCCAGUUGUCUCAUUUCAGAAUUUUCCCAAAGAUUAUUAAAGUGGAAAAAGACCGUAGCAGUAUGUGUAGUCUUAUUUAUACUAGCAGCAAGUGCAUAUAAUCUUGAAGGGCCACACCAACAGGGAAUAAGUGCAAUGCAGAGGACAUUAUUGUGGUGGGGAUAUUGGGUUGGACUAGGAGUGCUAUCUUCUGUUGGCCUUGGUACAGGAUUACACACAUUCCUGUUAUAUUUGGGACCACAUAUUGCUGCAGUAACAUUGGCAGCCUAUGAAUGUAAUUCAGUAGAUUUCCCAGAACCACCAUAUCCAAAUGAUAUUAUUUGUCCUGACAAAGUCACCAGUGGCAAUGUGAUAACAAUGUGGACAAUAAUAAGUAAAGUUCGAAUAGAAGCCAUAAUGUGGGGUGCAGGUACAGCUAUUGGCGAACUCCCCCCAUACUUCAUGGCCCGUGCGGCUCGCCUGUCUGGGGCAGAUCUUGAUAGUGAUGACUUUGAGGAGAUUGAGGAACUUCUUCACGAGAAACAGAGCCAUCCAGAGGAAAUAGGAUUCCUUGAGAGAGCCAAAAUUGGUGUGCAUAAUCUAGUCCAGAAAGUUGGCUUCUUUGGGAUUUUAGCAUGUGCAUCUAUCCCUAAUCCCCUGUUUGACUUGGCUGGUAUAACUUGUGGGCAUUUUCUCAUUCCAUUCUGGACUUUCUUUGGCGCCACCCUUAUAGGAAAAGCAAUUAUAAAAAUGCAUAUACAGAAAUUCUUCGUAAUAUUCAUAUUUAGUCAUCAUCACGUAGAACAACUUGUCAAACUCAUAGGGUUGAUUCCAAGAUAUGGGGAAUCUCUCCAGACACCAUUUAAGGAUUAUCUUGAGGUACAGAAGAAGAAAUUACACCACAAAGUGGGUUCUAACAUUCCAGGGGAAUCUAAUCUCCUAAGCUGGAUAUUUGAGAAAGUGGUCAUUGUAAUGGUAGCCUAUUUUCUGCUCUCCAUUCUAAACUCAAUGGCACAAAAGUACCACAAGAGACUCUGCAAAACAAAGCACAAGAAAUACCAACAUUAAAGAAUGCUUUCACUAGAUAUUCAAAAUCUCUGCCUUCUACAGACCUCUGAGUUAGGAAUUUAGUAAUUUAUUAUUAUUAGACUUUUUUUGUCAUUUUUUUUCAUUUCAUAUUUUCAUUGCCUUUGUAACAUAAAGAAAAAAAU